GUGCAGUAGUGUGCCCCUUUUGGUGAUUGUGUCUGACAGUGUUGGGAUGUUCCCUGUCUUGUGAUGUAAAUGUGUAUUAAAGUGAGAAAGAAGAAGCAGUGGAGCCAUGUUGUGUCUCUCGCGCAGUCUCAUGUCUAUGACGUGAACACACGAAGCUCCAGCACAUCAGGGGGCGACAUGCACAAUACAGUCGCAUAUUAAAGAGUCCGAGUGUAAGCGAAGAACCCGCAUGUCGUUAAUCAACACAUUGCUGAUUAUUUUGGACCAAAUGCCGCAGAGGUUCAGGUUUUAGUGAUUAAGCCUGUGUGUAGCUGUAGGACCAGAGCAGCAGGUUAAAGCUUGGUGGACUGUGUAACCGGUACAUCAGUGGAGUCUUUUACCUGUCAGGCUGCACGCGCAGGAGCGCUCACAAUGCUGUCUGAGGGGCUACAGGCAACAGAACCGGGAGGAUUCCUUCUUAUUCGAGACACUGCUUGUUAUUCUGGACGACGCCUGCUUAAGUAUUACAUAAACUGCGCCUUAAAGAGAGGGGAAGCUGUCCAUGUGUUGGGGUUUGAAAUUCCUGAGCAUGAGUUGUGUGCCGAACUGGACAGAAAUUACCUGCAUUUGUUUCACUAUCACAAUGCAUACACCGACCCGCUGGGCUGGACCAAGCAGUCCUCGUUCACAGUGAAGCAUUUCAGUGCAACAGAAAUGACACGGCUACUUCAGGAGACACAACAGGCCAAAGCUUCAGUACUUGUCAUUGACUCUUUGUCUUGGGUUGUAAGACAUCAUGACACUGUUGCCGUCUGUCAAGAACUUCAGAAGCUCAGGAAAGGAGGCUCUGUAAGGCUGAUCUUUGGUCUCCUACACACGGAUCUUCAUCAGCAAGGCGUUGUUGGAACUGUAAGCCACUUAGCCAGCACUGUAAUUUCUGUUACACCUGUGAACAAUGCACGCUAUGCUGUGGCCAAGAUAUCACAGCGUAAAAAAUCUGGGAAGGUUAUGCAGAAGGAGGAGUUUUUCACUUUAACAGAGGACUUGACACUGUCAAUAGAGACUAAACCCAACCAAUCUGGAAAUGUUGAAACAGACUUGCACACGAAGUCUGAGGUGGAUCCAGCGUCAAAUUUGACCUUUAAUCUUCGUUUGUCUGAGGUUGAAAGAGAGGCAAAGGAAAAAGUUGCUCUACCCUUUGUCUUCAGUGAAGAAAAAAAGUCUGCUCUCCUGAGGCCAGGCCGAGGCUCUGGACGCAUUAUGUAUGAACCUGAUGCCAAUGAUGACAUUGAUGAAGAAGACCCAGAUGAUGACCUUGAUGUCUAAAAGGUCCCUUUCGAACAUUGUUAGAAGCUCUGAUGGUUCUCUGGAGCCUGAGCUCCAAUAUUUUAAAUAAAAAAAUUCUGUACUUAGGCCAGUUUAAACAUGUGGCCUAAACAUCAUGCUAUGGUAAGGAUGAGACUUUUGGAAGUACAAUACCAGCAAUAUUGCACAUUAUAGUGUCUGUUUUUGAUCUUCUAUACUGUCUGUUCAAAGGGACUGGUUUGUCAUUGUAAAUGACUGCAUCCCAAAUCACGUACAAGCAUACAACAUAGUGUGCUGAAAUAUUACACCCUUUAUGGAACAGAUAACUGACAGCGAUGUAUAUUUUUGACAUACUAUUUAGUGUGUAGCGACUCUUAUGCAGCUAGCACCACAAGACAAAGUGGCCUUUAAAAACAAUGUUUUGUUUUUAAACAUAUAGACAACCCCAUGUGCAAAGACAGUGAUGCACUUCUCAGCUGCCUUAAGCCCAAGCAUGUCCAGACAAAAUAAUUUUAUUUAUUUUUUUUGCAAGUAUACAGUGAUUUGUGCUCAGAAGGGGACAUCUCUUUCGUCAAAUGGGAGAUUUUGCGUAUGAUCUGUAUCUAGCUAGUUUAUAACAGUUUAGUUGUCUGUUAUGAGUACCCCCUAAUGAAUUGGCGUCUAGGCUUCACAUGAAAUCUAAUUUGCUGAAAGGCUGUGUACCUUUUGUGAAAAAGGGCACUAAAACUUUUAACCACAGUUAGAGUUAUUAUUGAUUACUAACUGAUAAAGCAGUUACUGAAAAAGAUGAAUAAACCCUUAUAAAUGAUUAGAAUGAAAAUAACUACACAAAUUUUGACUGUGGCAUAUAAAACAAGUUGCAUAAUUAGAACAAACAUAAGCAGUUACCUAUUUAACCUUUUCAUUUUGGUUGUAAUGGGAUUAAGAUAUUCACACACUAUACUGGGUAAAAUAUAGUGGAGUUUGUUGUGAAGGUAAUUAUCAUAAGCAACAAAAUCACAGAAUAUCUAUGUAUAAUAACAAAGAAAAUUAUUUAUAAAUAUGCUCUCCCACGUUUGUGAGUGGAAUUUUUUAUUUUUUUUUUGUAUACUACUACAUAAAUUUUAUUCAGUAAUUCUUUCAUACAUUUGGCCUCAUUUAUCAAUCUUGUAAUAAAGUUGUAAAAUGA